UCACGCCGAACUACUGAAACAUCAGCGGCCGGGAUGGCAGUGCUCGGGUGACGGGCGUGCGGUGGACAUGUAGGACAUGCAGUAAAGUCGUUAAAUCAGAGAGUUAAUUGAAUCUCUAGUCAGUUAAUUAUUAAAAAUCAAUACUUUACUGGGACAGACACAUGGCCAUAUUAUAUGUAUGUAACGCUAAAUCGGCGCCGUCAAUCGUCAUCUCGUUGUCGGUGUCGUCCCGGUGACGGCGGUGGUGCAUUAACGGCUUAACUGUUAAUGUUGUGUAAAUAAAGAUAGACAUACCUAUGUAAAAUUGUGACAGCAUCAAAUUAUAAACAAAAAACCAUUGCUAAGACCAAAGACAAUUUAAUAAAAACUAUAUAUUAUGUAUAUAUAAUAGAUUACAACGUUUUUUACUUUAACAUCUAUUUUACUCCUUUUUAUUAAAAAUAUAGAAGAUAUAUAAUAUAAAUGCAUGAAUGUUCCUGUGGUAGUAUGUAGAGAGCUUCUACUUUGCUGUACAUACCACAUACUAAUUUAGCGUUAAAAUCACAAAGUAUCUUUGUAGUUUGUAUAUAGUUGAGAAAGAAAAUUAAAAUAUUCGUAUCGACUAAAGCUAAAAGCAAAGCAGUAAGAAAACAAAGAAUCAUCUAUGUUAAAAAAACUUUGGAAAAACAUUAUCAAAACAAGAAAACCUUACAGAACUAUUAAGAAAACCAAAGAAAUGGAUGUAAGAAAAACCUUGCAUGAAUUGGGGUAUGAUUUUAACACCGGCGAAUUAAGGAAAAUGGGGGUUGAUGGAAAUUUAACAGAUGAACCAUUUCAGUACAAAAUCAGUAGUGAUCAAAAAGAAUGCCAGGCUCACUAUGAGAAACUUGGAGCAGCUGUGACAGAAUACAUAUAUCAAUUAUUACAAAACAAAGUCAAUCUAUUAAGGUUACCGGUACCUACAGAUGCAGGCGAAAAUGGAACUUUUGUGUUUGCUUCAAGGGGUUAUGAUUCACAGAAAACUCUUAUGGUAUUGAUUCAAGGUAGUGGUGCCGUUCGAGCUGGCCAGUGGGCAAGAUCACUCAUCAUCAAUAAUAAUUUAGAUAUGGGAACACAGAUCCCAUACAUCCAAAUGGGCAUCAAACGAAAUUUUGGCAUACUUAUAAUGAAUCCCAAUGAGAAUUAUAAAAGAAAUAAAAAUAUUCCACAAAGUAACACAAGUGAAGAACAUGCACAAUAUGUCUGGAAAACAUACAUUUCAGGCACGAAAGCUAAAAAUAUUGUAGUUGUAGCUCAUAGUUAUGGUGGACUACUUACAGUAAUGCUAGCCCAAAAGUUUCAGAAUGACUUUGAGAAGCGAGUCAAGGCAGUAGCUAUGACAGAUUCUGUUCAUUCAUUUUCAGAAGCAAUAAUUCCAGACUCAAUAAGAAAAGUUUCAAUUAAUUGGAUAUCAAACUCAUCACCCUUGGAUACACCAAUGAAGACACCAGAAUUUGAAAUCACUAGAUUAUCAGCAGGUCAUCCACAACAUGAAAUGACAUCUUAUGCAGCCAUGGAUUCAGUCUUUAAAUUUAUUGAUUCUAAACUGGCAAGCUAAGUAAUAUAAUUGUAUAAGUAAACAAAAUGAACAAAAGUAAAAAAAAAUACUUUU